AUGACUUCCACACAGCCACCGAGCUACAACAGCGUAAUGCAGAGAAUGAAAGGUGGGCUUAACCACUCACUCCGCCCGCUCGUCAUUUUCGUUAGCUUCGUUGGACUCAUCUACUGCGUCGUCAGAGGCGCAUCUCUGUUGAAGGACUCCACCGACUCGGCGCCAGGGCUAAAGAAGGCUGAUAUUGUUCUCGGCGCUAUUUACGUCGCUCUCGGUGUAUUUCAAAUCGGCGGCAUCGCGAUAGCCAUUAAGAAACACGCCAAGAUGGUAUCACUUUACGCCAAGUCGAUAAUUGGCGGUGGAGUAAUAGUAUCCUCACUCGAAAUAGCCGCACUCGUGGUCCACGUUAAAUUGAAGGAGGAGAGUAUACAGCAUUGUAGAAACUCACUCUCUGAAAAGGAAGAUCAACAGAAAGUCAACGAAUGGUGUGAUAGCGACUGGAAGAGAGGCGUAUGGGUUCAUGCUGUAUGGAUGGCCGUUAUUAUCGUCCUCGCUGCGAUAUUUAUUGCUUUGUGGUGGAGAUACAAGAAACAAUUGGAAAUGAACGGUUACUCACGUCCAAAGGAUAACAACAGCGUUCUUCUCCAGUCUUCACGUUUACCCGCUCAACCCAAUCCCAGAUACCCACCCUCAUCCAACGUAUACAUGGGUGCAUCAGGAGCUAGCACGAUUGAGCCAGAUUACGUACCACCUUAUCUCAAAGAAGAUGAAGCACCACCUUACGAGGAAGCGGCAACUAAAGAGGAAGACUAUCGCGACGAUAAGGAGUUCCAGGAGGUUGAUAUGGACAUGGACCGCAGUCAUCAGCCUUAUUUGUCAGGUUCUGGUUCAGCUUCCUCAUCGAACCUGCAACGCCAACGCCACCACGAUAAUGUUGUAUGA